AUGGAAAGUUUUCUUGAUGAUCCAAAUUAUCCAAAGCUUAAAGAGAUGUGGGAACGAUGCCAAAGUUCCCCUGAAAGAACUGAAAAGCUGAAUAGCCUUUUAAAAGAAAUGCAGAAAGCUGCAAAUUCUCAAUAUGAAAUUUUUAGUCUUAUGGGCAAUAAAGAAGGAAUUGUUCAGUUUGUAUACAACAAUCAAGUCAUUCCAAUCUUCUAUCCUCCUGUAAUACCAAAUCAAUAUCCAGUUUUUGAAGGACAAAAUCAACAAAUUCCAAAUAAUCAAGAGCAAAUAUCUCCAAAUCAAUUAGUUUCAGAAGCAAGUUAUUCAUAUUAUGAUAGUUAUACAGCUGAUUACAAUGAGUUUGAAAAUGAUUACAAUGAAUACGACGAAGACGAUCAGUAUUAUUAUAGUUAUUCAACCGUGCAAAGCAGCAGUAUGGCUGAAUAUCCACGUGACGAUUACUAUUCUUCUGAAUUCACACGUCAGGAGGAUGAUAUCGAUCUUAAUCCACCUCAGGUAAGGAUUCAAGCUCCAUUGGAAGAGAACUCAGAGAAUGUUGAACCAUUAUCUUCUGGUCUUGCUGAAGAAGAAGCUAAUGAACCUGUUGCAACAAGAGAAAUACAGGAAGAAGUUAUAGAACAAGCUGAAACCAAGGAAUUACCUGAAGAUGAUGAUUUCGAGAAAGCCACAGCAAUACCAUUACCAGAAGAACCACAAGAAUCCGUUGUUGAAAGAGAAUUACAUGAAGAUGUUGUUGAAUCAGCCUCUUCUCAGCCUAUUCAACAAGAAGAAGUCAAACAAGAAGAGAAAGAAGCAGUAGAGCCACUUAAUGGCCUGAAAUUCGAUGAAAAUUCCAGAACAAUUAUCAAAGAAGGCGUUGGAAAAAUAAGAUUCAUCUUCCCAUUAGAUAGCAGUAGAUUUAAGCUCAAAUCCAACAUGAUUUUAGACAAAAAAGCAGAUAUCUCGAUGCUUAAAGAUUUUGCAACGUUUUGUCCAACAGAAGUUACAUUCGAAAACUUCGAUGUCAAUGGAAAGAACAAUUACGAUGAAAUCUUACAAAUCUUCUGCAGAAAAACAGGAGUUAAACUCGUAUCUUACGAUGAGCAAGAUAAGAGACUCACAUUCCGCGUGAACAAGUUGAAUCAAUAUCCAAUUACAGUACCUCAAUUAUAA